UUUGCUUUAGCUGAAUGAAUGCAACCAAGUGUUUUGUUGAUCGAUAACCUUUUUUCGAUGAGUGCAUAUCGUAGUGGUUCCUUCAAAUCGUCACGAAGUCAAUGAACGAUUUGUCUUCUGCGGAACAUUUUGGAAUCGUCACGAGGUGCAUAUGUUCAGCAUCUAGAUUUUUCAUCUCGAUUCAAAGUCUUUGCACAUGAGGCUGCUGAUGAGAAGCAUCCAUAGUGCUCUACUGGUCCACGACAAGUUCUUAAAGUAGCACCUGAUUAGAAAGGUCGAUAGAGCAUCGGCUGGCUUCAUACCCCGCCACACACAGCGAGAGAGAGGGAUGGUGGAAGUGGUGGAAUCCGGCAUGGUGGUUCCAGGCGAGCAGACUCCCGAGGGAUCCAUCUGGCUCUCCAACCUGGACUUGCUGGUGAUUCGAGCUCACACUCCCGUCGUCUACUUCUAUCACCCCGGUGGCGACUCCGGUUUCUUCUCCGUACAGCUGCUCAAGGCAGCCCUAGCCAAGGCAUUAGUCCCCUUCUACCCGCUCGCCGGCCGCCUCGGGUUCGACUCCGACGGCCGCCUCGAGAUCAAGUGCACCGGCGAGGGGGUCCUCUUCGUGGUGGCUCGCUCCGACUCGACGCUGGAAGAGCUGGGGGAGUUGGCACCGUCCGCCGAGAUGAACAAACUGUUCGUGCCCAACGUAGAGUCCGAUGAGCCGCCCUUGUGCAUGUUUCAGGUAACUUUCUUCAAGUGUGGUGGUGUGUGCCUGUCGACCGCCGUUCAUCACACCGCUGCCGACGGCCUCUCUGCUCUUUGCUUCGUCAACGCAUGGUCUGACAUCGCUCGCGGCGCGGAGCUCACCGUCAACCCCUGCCUGGACCGCACCCUCCUCCGCGCUCGCUCCCCGCCUCAGGUCCUCUUCGACCACCCUGAGUACGUUCACAGGCAAGUGCAACAGCCCACGCCUUCGGCCACCGUUCCAUCCCCGGUGGCGUCCGCCAUCCUUACGCUGUCCAAGGACCAGCUGUGCCGCCUCAAGAGCCGCGGCAAAGGCGUCAGGCCCCUCUCCACCUUCAAAGCUGUCGUGGCUCACGUCUGGCGCUGCUCAUGCAAGGCCCGGGAACUCGCAGACGAUGAGGAGACUCGAGUGUACGUGAUCGGCGACGCACGCACUCGCAUGAGACCGCCGCUCCCGGAAGGUUAUGUGGGCAAUGCCGUCUUCAGGACGUCGGUCACGGCGAGGGUCGCGGAGGUUUUGUCGAGCCCGUUCGAGUUCGGGGCUGACAAGAUUCAUGACGCCAUAGCGCGGCUGGACGACGACUACGUGAGGUCGCUGAUAGACUACAUGGAAGUGAGUGAUGUGUCCGGCUCGAUAACAGGGAGGUGGAGGUGGUCCGGGGCCGACCUGUGGGUGGUCAGCUGGCUGGGGCUGCCGACGCAUGGGGCCGAUUUCGGGUGGGGUAAGCCAAUGUACAUGUCGCAGGCUUCAGUCGUAUGCGGGUUGGUGUUUGUUGCGCACAGCCCCAAGGAUGACGGGGGAGUUGCUGUCGUGUUAGGGUUGCAGCAGGAGAGCAUGCCAAGGUUCAAGAAGGCGUUCUACGAGAACUUGGAGACUGUGGAAGGAGCUUAACCAGGAUGCAUGGUUUCACUUGAACUUCUUCUCACCUUGUGUUCAUGUGAUGUUUGUUUGUGCAUGCAUGCAUGCUUGGAAGAUUUUAAUUUUCUCAAAACUUUCGCAUAUGGCAGGAACUAAAUAAAAUAUAAUUCAUGAA